AUGGUCAGGGGGUGUUUUUACAAAAACAUACACAGUUCUGCAGCUCUUCAGAAGCGUAUAAUGGUGCUGCUGAGGAAGAUAGAGCACUGCGUGAACGGCGUGCAGCCCGUGUGGGAGGAGACCUUCAGAUGUUGGGAUUCAGUAUGCAAGCUGCUACAGAAGUACCCGAAGGGUGUGGGUGGUGCUGAUGAUGUACAGGAGCCCUUGCACCGUGUGGCUGCUAAGAGGCGGGUUUCGCACCAUGUUAGCAGCGAACACGAUAUAGAGAUGCAAAUACAAGAGUGGGCGAACAUAACGUCGUUCCUGUGCGCCCUCGGCGGGGUGUGUCUGCAGAGGAGGCCCACGCCCGUGUGGUCGCAAAUGCACAGUCACGAUACUCGAAAGUAUAAUGUCCUCGCAAACAGUUCUCAAGAAGUGCAAUACUGUCCCGUUACACAAUUCAUCGGCCAGCUCCUAAGACUGUUGUUAUACAGCCACGAAAGAUUCGGCACUCAAAUACAAAGUCACGUGAAGGAGUUGGUCGGGAACGAGAUGUCGCCAGCGCUAUAUCCUAUACUGUUCGAUCAGAUAAAGGCAAUUGUUGAUAAGUUCUUCGAUCAACAACAGCAAGUAAUGCUGACAGAUAUAAACACACAGUUCGUAGAACACACGAUAUUUAUAAUGAAAAGUAUUCUAGAUAACAAGAAAAGCGACCAACCGUGCGAGCACCUCAGUACCACCUCAAUCGAGGGGCUAAUGUUGGCUAUAGUUAGGUACGUCCGCCAUCUCGAUAUGACGGUGCUUUCUGUGCAUAUAAAGACAAAGCUGUGUCAAGUUGUGGACGCUAUGAUGAGGAGACGAGACGAUCUGGCUUUUAGACAGGAAAUGAAAUUCCGAAACAAAAUGGUGGAAUAUGUGACCGAUUGGGUGUUGGGGACUUCCCAUCAGAUAGCGCCGCCGCUGCGGGCCGACGCCUCCUCUAUCACCAGGGAGCUGGACCAGGCCUGCAUGGAGGCGGUGGCGGCGCUGCUGAAGGGCCUGCCGCUGCAGCCCGAGGAGUCCGACCGCGGGGAUCUCAUGGAGGCCAAGAGUCAGCUGUUCUUGAAAUAUUUCACGCUGUUUAUGAAUCUUCUGAACGAUUGUAAUGAAGUGGAAAUAUCAGAGGGUCCCGGUCGUUUGGAGACGUUGAGAAAUGCGACCAUUCAGGCCAUGUCUAACUUGCUCUCUGCUAACAUUGAUUCAGGGCUCAUGCAUAGUAUCGAUUUGGGCUAUCACCGAGAUCUCCAAACGCGUGCAGCCUUCAUGGAAGUAUUGACGAAGAUACUGCAGCAGGGUACGGAGUUCGAUACCCUGGCGGAGACAGUUCUGGCUGAUCGCUUUGAACAACUCGUUCAACUCGUUACCAUGAUAUCUGAUAAGGGGGAGUUGCCAAUAGCCAUGGCGCUGGCGAGCGUGGUGGGGUCCGCACAGAUGGACGAGCUCGCGCGUGUGCUGGUCUCUCUGUUUGAUGCCAAGCAUUUGCUGGCGCCGUUGCUGUGGAACAUCUUCUAUAGGGAGGUCGAAGUUUGUGCGGUAUCAGAUUGCAUGCAAACAUUAUUCCGAGGCAACUCGUUAGGCAGCAAAAUAAUGGCGUUCUGUUUCAAAAUAUACGGAUAUGGAUAUCUCCAGGGUCUGUUAGAGCCUUUGAUCAGUGCCCUACUAGAUCAGGCCGAGACUAAUCCUAAUUUAAGCUUUGAAGUAGACCCUGCUAGACUGGACCCGAGCCAGGACAUAAUGAUAAACCGCAACAACCUGCGCGACCUCACGCGCGAGGUGUUCGAGCGCAUCGUGCACUCCGCCGACCGCUUCCCCUCGCAGCUGCGCAGCAUGUGCCACUGUCUCUACCAGGUGCUCAGCAAAAGGUUUGUCCAGUUCCCUCAGACGAGCGUGGGGGCGGUCGGCACCGUUUUGUUCUUGCGUUACAUCAAUCCCGCUAUAGUGUCCCCACAAGAGAUGGGUAUAGUGAGUCGGCCCAUCCCUCCCCACAUCAAGCGCGGGUUGAUGCUAAUGUCCAAGAUAUUGCAGAACAUCGCUAAUCACGUCGAGUUCUCGAAGGAACAACACAUGUUGCCCUUCAAUGAUUUCCUCAGGGAGCACUUUGAAGCUGGGAGAAAGUUCUUCAUAGAAAUAGCAUCGGACUGCGAGACGGUGGACCAGACUUCCCACAACCUGUCCUUCAUCAGCGACGCCAACGUGCUGGCGCUGCACCGCCUGCUGUGGAACCACCAGGAGAAGAUCGGUGACUACCUCUCCUGCAGCCGCGACCACAAGGCCGUGGGCCGACGACCAUUCGAUAAGAUGGCAACACUGCUCGCGUAUUUGGGACCGCCAGAGCACAAACCAGUCGAAUCUACAUCCGGUCUUCUCUUCUCGUCGUACGCACGCUGGUCUUCAAUAGACAUGUCUUCCACGAAUUUCGAAGAGUUCAUAGUGAAGCACAAUAUGCAUCAAAAGGAAGAAUUCAAGAGCAUCAAAAGCCUCAAUAUCUUCUAUCAAGCGGGCACCAGCAAAAUUGGGAAUCCGGUGUUCUAUUUUAUUUCCAGAAGAUAUAAGAUAGGUGAAGUUAACGCAGACCUAUUAAUUUACCACGUGAUAUUGACACUCAAGCCCUUCUGCCAACAACCCUUCGAACUGAUCGUUGAUUUCACUCACACGAACUCCGAUAACCGAUUCAGAACGGAUUUCCUUCAGAAAUGGUUCAGCGUGUUGCCUGAGGUGGCGUACACCAGCGCGGUCGCCUGCUACAUAUACAACUGCAACAGCUGGGUGCGAGAGUACACCAAGUUCCACGAGGCCAUACUCGCGCCUCUGAGGGGCAACCGAAAGCUCAUAUUCAUUGAUAACCACAGUCGUCUCAGCGAUUAUGUGGAGCCUGAACAGCAAAAACUCCCUGGAGCAACCCUUGCCCUGGAAGAAGAUCUCAAAGUGUUCAAUAAUGCUUUGAAAUUGUCCCAUAAAGACACGAAAGUUGCUAUUAAGGUAGGACCGACGGCUCUACAAAUAACGUCAGUGGAGAAAACCAAAGUGUUAGGUCUACCGGUGUUGUUGAACGACGUGUACUACGCCUCGGAGAUAGAUGAGGUGUGCCUGGUGGAUGAUAACCAGUUCUCACUCUCUAUUAUCAACGAGGCAACACCUCUCAGUUUCAUACACAACGACUGUGAUAACAUCGUGCAGUCCAUUAUACAUAUACGGAAUAGAUGGGAGCUGAGUCAGCCGGACUCGGUGACGGUGCACCAGAAGAUCCGUCCCAAGGACGUGCCCGGCACGCUGCUCAACAUGGCGCUGCUCAACCUGGGCUCGUGCGACCCCACGCUGCGCACCGCCGCCUACAACCAGCUGUGCGCGCUCACCGCCACCUUCCACCUCAAGAUAGAGGGCCAGCUGCUCGAGACCUCGGGCCUUUGUAUACCGUCCAACAACACGAUAUUCAUCAAGUCGGUGAGUGAGAAACUCGCGCAUAACGAGCCGCAUUUGACACUUGAAUUUUUAGAAGAAUGUAUACAAGGUUUCAGAGGAUCGACAAUAGAAUUGAAGCAUUUAUGCUUAGAAUACAUGACGCCAUGGUUGGCCAACUUAGUGAGAUUCUGCAAACCCUCCGACGAAUCGCGACGUCAAAAGCAAGUUGCCCAAAUACUAGAGAAAUUAAUAACCCUAACAAUAGAAGAGACAGAGAUGUACCCUUCAGUGCAGGCUAAGAUAUGGGGCUCAAUAGGCCACGUGCCCGAGCUAAUAGACAUGGUGCUGGAUAGUUUUAUACAGAGGAGUGUCACAUCAGGUCUCGGAUCGCCGAUGAUAGAAAUUAUGGCGGACACGGCGGUCGCGCUCGCGUCUGCUAAUGUUCAACUCGUGUCGAAGAAAGUUAUCGGUAGGAUGUGUAGGGCCCUUUCUAAACUGCCUAAUAAUAUCCUGAGCCCCGUAACCCCGGCUAGUGUGGUGGAUAAAACAUGUCACUCGCCGACGGCCAUGUUGGAACAACACAUGAUGUGGGACGAUAUCGCCAUACUUGCCAGAUAUUUGCUGAUGCUCUCGUUCAACAACUGCCUGGACGUGGCGCGCCACCUGCCCUACCUGUUCCACACGGUGACGUUCCUGGUGUGCUCGGGCGCGGUGUCCAUGCGCGCCGCCACGCACGGCCUCGUCAUCAACAUCAUACACUCGCUCUGCACCUGCAAUUCACCCACGUUCGCUGAGGAAACUCAACGUGUGCUGAUGUUGUCUUUGGACGAGUUCGCUUUGCCGAAGUUCUAUCAGAUGUUCGGAAUAUCCAAAGUGAAGUCGGCGGCCGUCACCGCUUUUAGGAGUCCCUACAACAGACAUACAGGAGAUUGGUAUUCGGAGCAUUCCUACACUUGCUCUGAAGUGAGCAGCAGCUGCCCCGGCGCGGCGGCCGGGGGGUCGGGGGGCGCGGCGGGGGGUGUGGCGGGGGGCGUGGCGGGGGGCGGGGGGCAGUCGGACCGCGAGCGCCUGCCGCUGCAGUCGUUGGAGACGAUAGCAGACGCGCUACUGGAGAUUAUGGAAGCGUGUAUGCGGGAUAUACCCAAUUGUGAUUGGCUCGACACUUGGACAUCCUUAGCGAAAAGUUUUGCAUUCUGCUUCAAUCCGGCCCUUCAACCGCGAGCGCUCAUCGUCUUUGGAUGUAUAAGCAAGAAUGUGACAGAUGGCGAUAUGAAGCAACUUCUUCGUAUUCUAGUGAAGGCGUUAGAGUCCUUCAAUGAUCUAGCUCUUUUGGAGGCUAUCAUCAUGUGCCUGACAAGGUUGCAGCCGCUUUUGCAUCCGGAAUCUCCCAUACACAAAGCGUUAUUUUGGGUGGCGUUAUCUGUGUUGCAACUGGACGACCCCACUUUAUAUGCGGCUGGCCUGGCUUUGAUGGAACAAAACUUGCAUACGUUGGACUCUCAAGGUGCCUUUGAUAACAAGACACUAGAGCAAGUUUUGAUGGAGACAAGGGAACCUUUGGAGUGGCACUUCAAACAGUUAGAUCACGCCGUCGGCUUGAGCUUCCGGUCCAACUUCCACUUCGCGCUGGUGGGGCACCUGAUCAAGGGCUACCGGCACCCGGCGGCGGGCACGGUGGCGCGCGCCUGCCGCGUGCUGGCCGCGCUGCUGGCGCUGGCCGCGCGCCCCCGCCACGACAAGUUCCUGCUCACGGGCCGCUCCGUCGCGUACCUCACCGCAUUAGUCUGCGUGUCUGAAGAAGUCCGGUCGAGGUGCAACGUGAAGCAUUCCCUACCAAAAUGGCUGCCGGACAACUGUGACCACUACUGUCCCGCGCUCGAACAGCAUCAGUCUUCGAUUCUGAUCCAGCCUCAGUCGUCGCACGCGUCGUGCCAGGGCCGCCGGCAGAAGUCCUGGGACGUGCUGGACCAGGCCUCGCUGUCCUCGGCUCAUGGUGGUAAAUCCCCAACAUUACAACAGUCGAGUAGCGGCGGUCAUAGUCCACAUUUAAUGAAUAUCACGCAUCAGACAUCCGCUAGAAUGCGUUUUAAGACUCAACGUUCCUUUUCUGUACCAACAUCUAAAGAUACUAUUGGACCGCCGAGGGAUAGUGAAGGACGAGCGCACAGCGUCCAGCACGGCUCGGCUGGUGACGCGGCCAGGGACCUAGAUGCGGAUAGCGGAUUGGAUGUGGUGGAUGACGAUGGCAGGGGAUCUCCCGGGAGUGUGGACGAUACCGAAAGACCAGCAUCUACAAAGUCUGCGGAUAGCGACUAUCCUGAAACUAGUACUAAACAAACAUCCCAAGAGAAAGAAUCAAACAGUCCCGAGUGCAAUUCACUUUUGGAUCCAUCAGUUUUGAACGAUUUCACAACUCAAGCGCUCGUGCUGACUGUUUUGGCUACUCUUGUCAAAUAUACUACGGAUGAAGAUGAAAUAAGAAUCUUAUAUCAAUAUCUAGCGGAAGGUUCGGUAGUGUUUCCCAAAGUUUUUCCAGUCAUCCACAGUCUACUAGACAUGAAGAUCAAUCACGUGCUAAUGCAUUGCCACGACCAAGUCAUACUAAGUGCUGUACAAAGUAUCAUACAGAACAUGAUAGCAUCUGAGGACGCUAGCCAACAGCAACUGCAUUAUAUGCAAAGUUGUGGCUUCGGAGGGCUGUGGAGAUUCGCCGGACCAUUCACUAAGAACGCCCGAACAGCGGAAAGUAGCGAGCUAUUUGUCAACUGUCUAGAGGCGAUGGUGGAGACCUGUCUCCCGGGGGAUGACUGUGCUCGUCAGGCUCCCCCAGACCCAGACCGUCCCGACCGCCCAGACCGGCCAGACCGACCAGAUCGGUCAGACCGGUCUGACCGCGAUAGGAGUGACCGGGAUAGAGGUGACUUGGAUGAACGAUAUGCAGGUGUCCUUCGUCAGGCCAAUUUGUACUGUUCUGGACAAGACACA